UUUUUUUCCUUGUUUCUUUUUGUAUAUGUCAUUUUCAUUUAGUAGAGAUCGAACAGCAGAAUUACAGCAGGAUGGUACAUUGCCUAGUGCCUAUGAAAUGCAAACACAACAACAAGGCAUGUUGACAACGCCCAGCUUCUUCAACCAAUUGGAUAAAUUAAAAAGUGACAUUGAUGCCAUCAAUUAUCAUAUUGAUCAAAUCGGAAACUUGCAUCAUACAGCAUUAACAAGCCUGAAUGAACAACAAUCCAGACAGACAGCAAUGGAAUUAGAACAAGCAAAAGCAACGACACAACAAUUGAACAUGACCUUAAAACAAGGCAUUCAAGCUUUGGAACAAGCCAAUCGUUCGUUAGUCGAAGAUGCCGAUAGAAACAUGCGUCAAUCUCAGACUGCUGCUUUGAGAAAACGGUUUUUAGAUACCAUUCAACGGUAUCAAGAUGUAGAAAGAAAUUAUCAAUUGAAAUACAGACAGAGAAUAGAACGACAGAUUCGGAUUGUGAAGCCUGAUGCCACACAAGAUGAAGUCGAUGAACUGAUGGAAAGUGAUCGACCACCUCAGAUCUUUACUCAAUCAUUGAUGACAGCAGGAAAACAGGCUCAAUCCAAAGCGGUGUUAUCUGAAGUGACAAAACGACAUGACGAUAUUAAGCAUAUUGAGAAAACCAUUAUUGAAUUACAUCAAUUGUUUAUGGAUAUGCAAAUGAUGGUAGAACAACAACAAGCGACACUUGAUGUGGUUGAACAUCAUGCCAAUACAACAUCGAAUGAUAUAGAACAAGGCAAUGUCUUUUUGACAAAAGCCAUUGCCACUGCUCGGUCAACACGCACAAAAAAAUGGUGUUGUUUCUUUUUGUGCUUAGGUAUUUGUGUGAUGAUUGCUAUUCUUGUUUGGUGGUUUGCAUUUGACCAUGUGGGAGUAAACAAAUGAGUCGCUGGAAACUUAAUUUUUAGUAGUCAC